CUGAGAAGGUGUGGUCGACAACAAUCUCCUGAGAAGCUGUGGUCAACAAGAACCUACUAAGAAGGAGUGGUCAACAAGGACCUACAGAGGUGUGGUCGAAAAGAACCUACUGAAUUGUGGUCAACCAGAAUCUACUGAGAAGGAAUCAAAGUUCCUCGCAAUUUCCGUUUGUUGGAUGAGCUUGAAGAGGGUCAAAAGGGUGUUGGUGACGGCACAGUCAGCUGGGGGCUAGAGGACGAUGAUGACAUGACUCUGACCAGUUGGAGAGGAAUGAUCAUUGGACCGCCAGGAACCAAUUACGAGAACAGGAUAUAUAGUCUUAAACUAGAAUGUGGACCUAGAUACCCAGAAGUGGCUCCAACAGUACGGUUUCUCACAAAAAUUUGCAUGAAUGGCAUCAAUAAUACCAACGGGACGAUCGACCUGCGUAACAUACAGAUUUUAGCCAAAUGGCAAAGUUCCUAUACCAUAAAAGUUGUCCUUCAGGAGUUAAGACGUCUAAUGAUGUCCAAAGAUAACAUGAAGCUUCCACAGCCACCUGAAGGACAUACCUAUGGUAAUUAGCCCUAAUGGAUUAUCAAUUCAUCAAAUCCACCAGGAAAAAAUCCAACAUAAAGAAUGAGAAUUAAAAUCUUGGAUGGGUUGGCUUGUCAAUAAUGUGGACAUGAUGUCAAAAAUACCAAUAUUUGCUCCAUGCCUUCUGCAAAAAGACAGACAUACAGGGAGUGCAGAAUUAUUAGGCAAAUGAGUAUUUUGACCACAUCAUCCUCUUUAUGCACGUUGUCUUACUCCAAGCUGUAUAGGCUCGAAAGCCCACUACCAAUUAAGCAUA